ACUACGGUCAAACGAAAGUCAACAAAUCCAACGGCUGAGAUCAAAGCUUAAGUGGUCCCCAAGAGAAUCUAAAACGGCAAAAACGGGGAAACGCUUUUCCCUCCACGCGCCUCCGUUGGUUAGCCAUUUGUAAGUCACCCCGUUCACCGUUUUACUCUCUCUCUCUCUCUCUCUCUCUCUCUCUCUCUCUCUAUAUAGUAGUAGAGUGUGUUCGUCACUUUCACUCUCUCUCUCUCUCUCUUCUCUCACCGACCUUCUCGAGAACCCUAGAGAGAAAAAAAGACACAAACUUUGGAAGAUCCAACGGCGGAAUUUUUCAAGAAUUGACGUCGGGAGUGUUUUCUCCGGAUGAAGUUUGGGGCUUUACGGUUGUAGCUAAAACAUGGAUGAUGAUGAUGUUGAUGAUCUCUGGGGUCCGCCACUUGUGGUGAAAGACGAUGCCUUUCGUAAGCCUCCUCCUCUGCGUGGUUGUGAGUUUUGGUUUGAUUUCAGAACAGAUGUGCUUGAAGAAAGUUUCCAGAUUGAGAGAUAUUGUGAGAUAGUGUGGGCGAUACUGAACGAGAAGAAGCAAGUUGCUGAGCUAGUAGGCUCUUCUGAUUCGGACAAGACCUUAAGUGCUGCUACUCUUCCUGAUGCUGACACAAGCUCUGCUAAAUCUUCUCUAGACGAAGAUGAGAACACAUCUAGUAUCAGCGAUGCUAAGACUAGUGAGACCAAAGAUUCCACUAAUGACACUGAAGAAGCUGACCUGGAAGCAAGGUUAAAGCCUCAGGAGACAGCAGCUAAUGACGCAAUAACAGUUGAGGUUGCAGAAGAUGGAGAUACUCCUCCUUGUAGCCCUGUGUUGGCUUUGGCAAGCACGAUUGAGGAAGCUGAGGAACAUUCUUGUUCUUCCUUUGUUACUCACCAAGCCCUGGAGAACAAAUCUCCAUCUGCUAUAAGCCAAGAGAACAAUGAAAGUUCCACUUUGAAGCCAUUGGUUGAGAGCAGAGAGAAGGCAAAUGCUGAAGAUGGACAUAUACUGAAGGAUCAGCAGCAGAAGCAGAAGCAAAAUGAGAGCUUGCAAGACAUAGAAACUGCUUCUGAACCUUUUACCACAGAGUCUCUCUUAGAAAUGUGUGAAGAACCGGAGAAAAGCAAAAGAUCAAUAAUCCCUGAAGCUGUGAUGAAGACCGUUGUUGUUAAGGAAGAGCCGAUCAUAAACAUGCUUACUGAGGCAAGGAUCAAGAAGGCAGAGGAGAGCUUGAAUCCUCCUCCUGGGUCAGUAGUCCUAAUCAAGAAGAGGAAGAGACAUUCUAACACAAGCUUGAUCAGAUACACUAAGCAGAAAGGUCCAAGUGUUCCUCUACCGCUUUCAGCUUCAACGCUUGAUUUGAUAGACAGAAUCAGACAAAGAGGAGGUGGGAAGAAAACCAUCAUGGGUGGAGAAGAAGAACCAGUGAUCUUAAUAAGCGAGUUGCACGACAAGACAGGGAAGGAGCUAAGAAGCAUAGCGAAGGAGCUGAAAGUAACACGUUACUAUAAGAUGAAUAAAGAAGAUCUGCUUCAACACUGUAUCAUGCAGCUAAAACUGAAGCCUAACCGAUUGCAAUGAGCAGAGAGUAGAGCCAUAACCAUCUCUCAAGUAUAGUUAACAUUAGAGCUUACAGAAGAAUCCUUCUCUUUGUGUUUCUUGGAUUCAAUGGUAUAACCAUCAGCUUGUAUAAAUCACAUGGAGCUUGCUUAGUCUAAAGUAGAAAUGCUUAUUGAGAUAUAUAUAUAUAUAUGAAGUUUAUAUUUUCUUAGUAUAA